AUGGCGGCGGCUGUACGAAGCACUCCGAGCCUCACUAUCCCGCCGACCCAAAACACCGCGCCCGUCCUCGAAUUCCGCUGCCUAUACACCCACGACCUCCGCCGGAAGUCUAAGAGAUGGCAAGAUGGCUUCUUACGGUUUCACACAUUCAACAAGCGGGUCAUGGUCUAUGACGUACCGCGGAACUUCAUCGGAGACACGCAUUGGAAAGAGGAGGUCGAUAUACAAGAAGGCGAUGAAAUAACACUAGACAAAGGCGUUAUGAUAGAAGUCGCAGAGGCCAUUGGGAUACUGGAAACUGAUUUGACGCCUCUGUUUGAGAAGAGAACUAAGGAAUCACCGAAGUCAGGCGUCAGGCCAGCGGUCCCAAUAUCCGCCACUCGUACCAACAUGCUACAAGGCCCCUCUCAGCUUCGCCAUAAAUCUCUCAACGCCUUGCUGGGAACUCCUAGAGGGCCUUAUGGGAAGGCUGUGCUACCUAGCAAGUCUCCCUUUGAGGCUAGACGAGGUAUCGAGGACAGACGAAACAUCGAGAACAGACGGGACAUCGAG